GGAAAGCUAGCCGAUGGUUUGGGGUCACGACACCCAAGUCUGCCAAGAUGAACAUGAACAUCCUCCAUCAAGAGGAGCUGAUAGCACAAAAGAAGAAAGAAAUUGAGGCUAAACUGGAGCAGCAGGCAAAACAGAAUCACUUGGUUGUUCAGCACCCCCCUCGGCCCAAUGAAGAUGAAAGUGCUGAAAACGAAGCCUCAGUUUCCAACAAGUUUGCCAACGACGGCAGCUUUCUUCAGCAGUUCCUCAAGCUGCAGAAGGAAAAGUCAAACGUUGAUCCCUCUCCUAGUUCUGCCAGCGUCCCUGCAAGCACCUCUGCACCAAGUGCUGGGAAGAAACCCAUCCUGCUUGGAAAACGUCCCAGCUUGGGCAUGAGCAGCAUGCUGAACCAAAUGAAGAACUACUCCCAUUCCAAACAGACACCAGUGGCUAACCGCCUCAGUGUGUUUCAGUCACCUGACGAUGAUGAAGAGGAGGAUUAUGAGCAGUGGUUAGAAAUUAAAGAGGAUGCGGAGACCCGAAAAGUGGUGGAAAAGCUGGCUAGGUUCGUGGCUGAAGGGGGACCAGAAUUAGAGAAGGUCGCUAUGGAAGACUACAAGGAUAAUCCAGCAUUUUCAUUUUUACAUGAUAAGAACAGCAGGGAAUUCCUUUACUACAGGAAGAAAGUGGCAGAGAUAAGAAAAGAAAAUCAGAGUUCACAGACAUCCUCUUCUCAGAAAGUUUCACCCCCAGAGGAUGAAGAAACAAAGAAUUUUGCUGAGAAACUGGCCAGGUUCAUAGCAGACGGGGGUCCAGAGGUGGAAGCUAUUGCGUUGCAGAACAACCGAGAGAACCAUGCUUUCAGGUUUUUAUAUGAGCCAAACAGCAAAGGCUACAAGUAUUACCGGCAGAAGCUGGAGGAGUUCCGGAAAGCCAAGAGCAGCCCUACAGGGGCACCCCUUGCUCUGGAAUCCAGUUUGAAACGCAAGAUCGCUCCUGAAGCAACGCCACCGUCGUCAUCGUCAUCGUCAUCAUCAUCAUCAACAUCAACAUCAACAUCAUCAUCAUCAUCAUCAUCCUUGCCAUCAUCAUUGUCGUCGGCCGCUUCUACUUCUCCUAAACCAGCCCCAGUGACCGCUUCCAAAAAGAAAAGGAAGAGCAGGUGGGGGCCGGAGGAGGAGAAAGUUGAAUUGCCCCCGCCAGAGCUUGCCCAGCACGACCUGAGCGCCUCCCCCUCCCCACUGUCAGUUCAGGACCUCAAGGGUCUUGGUUAUGAGAAAUGGAAGCCGGUUGGACUGGUGGGUGUGACAGAGCUCUCUGAAGCCCAGAAGAAGCAGCUGAAGGAGCAGCAGGAGAUGCAGCAGAUGUACGACAUGAUCAUGAAACACAAGCGAGCCAUGCAGGAAAUGCAGAUCAUGUGGGAGAAGGCAGUUCAGCAACACCAGCAUGGUUAUGACAGCGAUGAGGAGGUGGACAGCGAGUUGGGGACGUGGGAACAUCAGCUUCGACGAAUGGAGAUGGACAAGACCAGAGAGUGGGCCGAGCAGCUGACGCAGAUGGGCAGAGGAAAGCAUUUCAUUGGAGAUUUCCUGCCACCCGAUGAGCUGGAGAAAUUCAUGGAGACGUUCAAGGCAUUAAAGGAAGGUCGUGAGCCAGAUUAUUCUGAAUACAAGGAAUUCAAACUGACUGUGGAGAACAUUGGCUAUCAGAUGCUGAUGAAGAUGGGCUGGAAGGAGGGUGAGGGGCUCGGCACUGAAGGACAGGGGAUUAAAAACCCAGUCAGCAAGGGGACAACUGCCGUGGACGGAGCUGGGUUUGGAAUUGAUCGUCCGGCCGAGCUGAGCAAGGAGGAUGACGAGUACGAGGCGUUCCGUAAAAGAAUGAUGUUGGCCUACAGAUUCCGCCCCAACCCUUUGAACAAUCCGAGGCGACCUUACUACUGAUGGUGUUUUCAGGACAAAGUCUUUUCAAUACCAUUGUAAUUUUACUGUGAAAUGUUACAAAUUUGCAUUAGCAUCCCCCCUACAAUAUUGUAAAUUUAUUAAAGUCCCAGCACCAUCUCUCACCCAGAGCGAAGGGUGAGUGUGCUCGCUGCACACUCGAGUGCCAUGACAACCGCAUCCUAACAAGGCCUGGGAUGGGAUUCAUAAAGGAGAGGAGAGCAGGCACGAAUGGAGGGUUUUGUAUGGUUCCCUCCUCAAUGGAAGGGUGCUAAUAGGACUCCGUUUGUUUGCUGCUCAGUGCCACGUUACUUGCCAAGACAUGUGUAUUUGCAGAUCCCUCCACUCUUCGGAUAGACAGCUUUGGCCGUCUCAUGUUUUUAUAAAGAAUAUGUACAAGGGACAGCUCCCAACCCCACCACGGGGCUGUUGUUGAGUUCUUUGGCCUUUCCUCCCAAAAGAUGGGUUCAGACGCCGUAUUCAGUCCAACAGACCCUCCAGCUGACAUUGCAAAAGUACAGCCUCGUGGUUUGACUGCUGCUCAGUGGAGGAUGAGAUCCGGAACAAUGCACGGAGUGUCAUGUGGGGGGGUUGAGGUAACGGGGGAAUUUAGUCCAACCCCAGAGGCAGAGUUCCCCGCUUUUUUAAACACUAAAUUCACCCACAACCUUUGGAGAAACGAGAGGCCUACAACCAUGGAAGGGUGAAGAAUCGGGCCCUCAGACACCAGUUAGCUGCAGGCAGUGGUGAUAUUAAACACCACCUUUCUCUGCUCCUCCUGUAAAUAAAAUCUAUUUUCCCCUUAGUUGUUUUUUUUUUAAUAUUUACCAGCUGGAAACAGUGGUUUAGCCAGAUUUCCAGGGGUGGAGACACAGCCGUGGCAUUCACCUUCCCUCAAAACAUCUCAUAGAAGCUGUAAGAUUUUUUGUUUGUUUGUAAUGUUUAUUUCCCCCUGCCCCAGUAUCAAACUUGCCAUUUAGUAUGUGAUUCACUUUUCUGUUAACUUUUUUCUUAAUGAUGUAGAAUCGAUGGCUUGGCUUUCAAUAAAAAACAA